ACCAGCAAAAAAAUAUGUCACAAAAAGAUACAUUAUUUAUUGUAAAUAUAUUUUUUGGCGCAAUUAAGUACACAAGUAUAUACAGUAAAUGAACAGGUCAUUUAAAUAGACACAUUCCUCCAUCUCGGAUCGGUGAUCGGUUAUCGUUUUUUUCAACUCCCUCAUCGGUGAUCGGCCCCAAAAAUCCUGAUCGUGUAAAGCCUAAUCUGAACGAUUAUCUUGAGCAAUUAUCCUGUGGUGUGGGGUAUUUUAAGAGUGAUUUUUUUUUUCACCCCUUCCAAUCAAAAUCAACAAAGGCCCGAUUCUCAGACGUCUCUAAAAGAUUAUCCUGAGCGAUUAUCCUGCGGUGUGGGGUGUGUUAGCUAUGCUAACUCCAUGUGAUUCAACUGUGAGGCAGACAUGCUAACCACUAGUUCACCCUACUGUACCAGUCGUAUUUAUUAAACACAGACGUUAAAACAUUGUAACAAAAUUCGUGUGAAACUGCAUGUCAAGAAAAUAGUCAUAAAAAGUCAACAUAUAACUUUGUGUGACUGUACAGUUUCUCCAUACCACUGAUAAACAGAUGUUCAAAAUGUGUAUAACUUAAAAAUAUAUCAGACGGCUAAGUAUAUAGUUAUUUAAACUAUAGCAACAAAUGAAAAAAAAACAAAAAAACAUGAAACCAAAGAAGUUUUGUUGUGUGGUUUUCGGGAUUCUUUUGUUCUUGACGUGCAAGAAAACGUCGUUUAGCGAUUUUAUUCUUGCACUUCUCACGUUUCGACACAUGGGGGUGCUGUUCUCUCACCAGCCUCCACACAGCCGCCAGCCACCAAUGGCAAAGAAAUCGCUUGUGAUCAAUGACAGGUGAUGGUUUUUUUUUGUAAUGCGUGUCAACUUUUAGAAUUUUUUUUUUUCUGGGUACAGUAAAGUGUAUUUCAGAUUUUUUUUUUUUUUUGUAAUUGAGAAAUAACGGCAUGUUUUAGAGCAGUAAGAGUUGGAUUCCCAUCAGAAACCCUUCAGACGCCUCGAAAGUGCCUCACCUUCUCUCCCUCUCCUUGCAGUCCGUCCACAUCCCUCCCUCUGUCUGCAUGCAUGCAUGCUCACCCCCUUCUCCCCCCCCCCCCCCCCCCCCCCCCCCCCCUCACUCCAAGCACAAAACACGCUCGACGAGAAGCGGCCAGGCUGCUCACACAAGAAGGAGGAGAGACAAUAGCCUGUCUGCAGCGUGGAGUGGAUAGUGGUGGAGUGUCAUCAUGGAUGCUUAGUGAGGCAAACGCAGGGAGAGAGAGAAAGUGUGUGUGUGUGUUUGCGGGUGAAAGCGGUCCGUGAACGCAUCUGGAAGUUGCCGCUGUGUUCUUAAUGUUGCCCACCGAGAUACCAGGAGUGUGUUUCACCUCAAGGGACCACAACGAGGCAAGGAGAGAAGGCAUGAAAACGGAGGAGAGCCAACAGUCGUGUCUGCAGCAGCCUCCAUCUUCAACACCUUUUGUCGGUCCGGAGUACUCGGGUGACGGAGGCGGCGAGUUGUGCGCGGGCUGCUCGUCCCCGAUCGCCGACCGCUUCCUGCUGCGCGUGAACGAGCGCUCGUGGCACGAGUCGUGCGUCAAGUGCGCGGUGUGCUUGAGCGCGCUCACGGGGACCUGCUACUGCCGGGACCGGCUGCUCUACUGCAAGCCGGACUACGAGAAGCUGUUUGUGAGGAAGUGCAGCGCCUGCCUGCAGGUGAUCGGGCGCUCCGAGCUGAUCAUGCGCGUGCUGGGCCAGGUGUACCACCUGGGCUGCUUCAGCUGCUGCGAGUGCGAACGGCGGCUGCAGCGGGGCGACGAGUUUGUGCUGAAGGAAGGCCAGCUGCUGUGCCGCAUGGACUACGAGAAGGAGAGGGAGAUGCUCGCCGCCAUCAGUCCCACACCCACGGAAUCGGUGAAAAGCGAGGACGAGGAUGGCGGCGGGGGCCCGGGCGGGGGAAAAGGCGGCGACGAGGCCAAGGAGCACAAGCGCUCCAAACGCCCGCGCACCAUCUUGACCACGCAGCAGCGGCGCGCGUUCAAAGCCUCCUUCGAAGUGUCGGCCAAGCCUUGCCGCAAGGUGAGAGAGACGCUGGCUGCCGAGACGGGCCUCACAGUGCGGGUGGUGCAAGUGUGGUUUCAAAACCAGAGGGCGAAGAUGAAGAAGAUCGCUCGGCGACAGCAGCAACAGCAACAACAGCAGCAGGAACAGGAACAGCUGGGAGGGGGCAGGAGGGGCGCCAGUCGAGGGGGGCGCCAAAGCAACGACGACAGCGAGGACGGCUCCAGCGGUCACGGCAUGGACGGCAUGCUGGUGUACCCCCCUCUGCCUCGACAGCAGCUGCUCACCCUGGACCCCAACAUCUACGGCGGGGAACCCUUCCGACACGGCCUCACUCCGCCUCAGCUCAACAGCGAGCAGCUCCAUCCGUACGCGACUAAUCAGAUUGUUCUGACGUCAUCCUUGACCAUCACGCGUCCACAAAUACUGUCCGUUCCUCUCGGCAGAAUCCGAGACGGUGUUCCACGACCUGGACAGCGACGGCAGCCUGGGUCACCUGGGCGACUGCCUCCUAGCAGCCGGCGAGGGCGGCCUCCUGGCCGCGCGAGUGGGGAACCCCAUCGACCGCCUCUACUCCAUGCAAAACUCCUACUUCACCUCGUGACCCUUACAAACGCUCGCCCUUCCUAUUCCACCUCUCACCUCAAAAGACGCAGCUAAGACGGAGUUUGUCCGUCUACAUGCCUCCGCUAAAAUAUAGUCGGGGGGAGGAGAGGGGUGGGGGACAUCCAAAUACUCGACCAAACAAAGUCAAUCCACUGGUUGGCACGUUAUUUCCCGUCAUCCUCCUCUCUGUCAACGAUGAGAAUCACUUCGAGACACUGGAAAUGUGCGAGAUGUGCCGAAGCACCUCUUUUGUGAUAUUUAUGUCAUGUUUAAUACAAAACAGCACUUUUAAACAAAAGACAAAAAAAUAAUAAAAAUAAAUGCAAGACAUACUAUAUACCAUCGCUAUAAAAAGUCUACAAACCUCUGUUCAAAUGCCAGGUUUUAGUUGUAUAAAAUAAAUGAGACCAAGAUAAAUCAUUUCAAAACUUGUUCCGCUAUAAUGACCUAUAACACGAAAGGCAUUUUAAAUGGUGGCAGAUUUGUGCUGACUCCCGUUUAACAUGAGUUUGAAUGUGAUUGGUAUAUGAGGGUGUGCACACUUUUGCAACCACAUUAUCUGUUGUGCAUUUUAACUUCCACGCUCUAAAAGAUGUUUAUUUAUUUAUUUUUUUAAUUAGGUCGGAUUACUGGUGGAAGAGGUUUAGAAAUGAUUUAUCUUGGUCUUAAUUUAUUUAAAAAAAUUUCCACACAACUUGGCGUUUGAACAGGGGGUGUGUAGACUUUUUACAUCCACUGUAUAUCACGUAUGACAAAAGGGUUUAGUUGAAAGGGAAUGCACAAGUCCAGACGCAUAUAUUCUGAAUUCACGGCAAAACAUUGUGAUUGGUAACACAAUACUGUAUAAUAACUGGAGUACAGUUUUGCUCUCAGGUUAGUGUGUGUGUGUGUGUGUGUGUUACCUGAGAUGCAACUCAGGAUAUUACGCUGGAUAGGAUUAAGAUGUAACCGAUUAUUUAUAUAUGUGAAGAAGUGACGUUUUUGAAGCCAGCCUUCAUAUGAAACUCAACAUUUCAAAACAUGACAGUGGAACCUCCAAAAGCAGCACAAUUUGGAAUUCAACCCCCCCCAAAAAAAUUGGGGAUACAUUUGCCUCAAACGUCAAACAAAAAGUUGCGUGACAGCAAAACCGCAGAAAAAUGUUAGAAUGAAAACUGGCACCUCUUGCGAAAUAGGGAAACAAUUCAAUACAAUUCAUUUAAAGACCCUGUAAACUCUGAGAUUAAUACGUUUGAAUAUAAUUGCUGAAAACAUGUACAAAGACUAAUACCAAUGUCGCACUCACUUGUAGAGAUUUAAUCUUAAACUGUUUUUCAUUAUUUCUGUGUUCCUCAUUUUUUUGGGCUUGGCUAGCAGAGCGCCGUGAGACGCACUUUGGAGUCCGGCGUGAGUCGCCCCGCUCAAUCUAUCCAAGAACUCGAUGGUCGCGUGGACCGGAGCGUCGCACUGGUGCGGUCGCUUGAGAGCGCCUCGUGGUCAGCCGUGAGUGCGCGCACGUCACGCAGAGAAAGACGGACGAGCUCGGAGUUUAGUUGAGUUUUGUGUCACUUUUACUGUGGUGACCUGUUUUUAUACUUAUGACAAUUAGAACGGUAAAAGGGUACAUCCAAUUUUCAGAUGCUUAAUAAAGCUUUUAUGAUGAUUCCAUUUCCAUUAUUUCCUAUGGAGAAAUGUGUUCAGAACGGCUUGUGUUCCACUUUGGAGGUUCCACUGUAUUUGAUUUUAUUUGCAUGACUGGCUUAUUACAGACCCCCCCCCCCAAAAAAAAAAAAAUAAACACUGUUUAGUUUUUUGAUUUUUUGCGUUGGGACACCACUACAGGGUCGUUUUUAUAGAACCUUAUUCGGAAACAGGGUUUUACAAGAGACUAUUGGCUUUUGAUUUUAUAAUUGAAUCAUCUAAGACGUACGCAAGCGCCAACAAUGGCCGUCCGCUGUCCCUCGACACUGGGUACAUAACACUGAGCUCCAAAUGUAAAUGUAUGACUGUUUAAUAUAAUUGUAGUAGUUUCUUUCCAUACGUAUUUAUUUCUCUCGGCUCAAAUUAGAUGACGUUAGGUAGAUAUUUUGUUCCUUCUUCUGUGAUGAACAGCGGCUAUUUACUAAACGGCAGCAUGAUUAUUUGUCACAGUGUAGGUUAUAACACAAAGCCUUCAUACAAAGCAGUGCAAUUUAAAAAUUAUAAUGAAAAAAAAAUAGGACUAGCGAUGCUUUUACCUGCUAUGGCUUGGAGGAAGACUCUUUCACAACAUGUUUGACACAUGCGCAUUUCUACGGUGAUAUUUUGUGAGGGUAACUUAUUUGUGCCGUGUUAGCUGAGUUUGCAAUCUUAUGUUCAGUGGCUACCAAGGUGACGUGCUUUGAAUGUAUAAUGUUGCUGUAUAUUCAAUACAGUCUGCAAUUUCAUCCGAAAAUGUGCUUGCCUUGUUUGUCUCAUAAUUGGAUGCCACUUGGAUCACUUUCUGUGCUUUUGGCCAUUAUUACGCUCCAGUCGUAAUCAUUUAAGAAGAAAAGGUUUGUUCUCUUUGGUGGUCACAGAUCUCAUUACUCAACAUCCUCCCCUCUCUCCGAGACGGCCUCCUCCUGCUCUUUUCUUCCCAAACUCCCUAUUUCUUAGUCAGCGAGUAGUCGGACGAUUUUGUGUGGGAGUGGAACAUUCCGGUUUAAUAUUUGACACUGACUCGGCACCGUAGAUGAGGGGGGCGCAGAUAUAUGUAGCGGAAAACAAAAGAGGGGAAACCCCCACUGGUUGAGUGAGACAUACCUCAGUUUUAAUGAAACACAGCGUAGGAAUGUGUCACGUUUAUUUGAAGUCUACACAGCUUCGGAGUAUGGCAAGUAACAGUGGAUUUUCAAAAUAGGACAAUAAUCACAGUAUGCAAAGUUGAAGAAAACAUGAUGGGAAUUUUUGCUUUGGGAUAAAGUGUUGAAAAAGAUGGUUGAAUGCUACGAUGACACAGGUACUGGAUUUGUCUCUGGAAAAAAAAAAAAAGGAAUACACAGAUAUAUGAAUUAUAAACACCAUAAUAUUCAAUGGGAUAUAGAAGUACAAAGGGUCUUUGGUUUACGACGGUCCCGAUAUAUGAUGUUUUGAGGUUAUGUUCGAAAGGAAGCAGGUUUUCAUCCCUCUGCAAAGGUGAAGGAAGGAAAGGAGGUAUAAAGGUUGGGAGAUUGGACUUUCCCAAGAGGCCCCCUUUGUAGGCAAAGUAGUAUUGGGAUGGGGAUUUGAUUCUACAGCGGUCUACAGUAUAUAAAUUCACGUUUCCAUAGCUGCCGUGGUCUUCUUUUACCGCAACGGAGCGUGAGAGUGAAUCAACAGCGCCUCUGCUUGUUGCAGCCAAGUAGUGCACUCCGCCCAUGAUUCCCAACCAAGUAGGUUUGCGCCAAUUGAGACGAGAUCAUCGUUAUUCUUUCGCUAGUCAAUACGUUUUGUGACAUAUUUGUUGUGUGGUGUGUCGUGUGAUGUUUCCAAUGUAAAGCGGCUCCCUCGGCUCAAUGUAGGUUGG